AUGCAUGUUUAUCUUUGGUCAAUUCAUAUUUCAUUUGAAAUACUAUGCCCUUUUCUCCAUAAUUAUUAUCAAAAUAUGGUGCCGCUUACUCUAUGUGUUAGCCACCAGACUAUGCAAAAGAAGAAAUUUCAGGAGAUGCACUCUCAGUAUUUCCUGACCUUAAGAGUUAUAGUUUUUGCAAAUUUUUAUCUAAAGAUGGAUAUUUGAACAUUUAGGGUGUUUAUGGGCUCACUAAAUCUGCGUCCUGAAGGACUUUAG